AAAAUGUAGUCAACGAAUUUGAGAACAAUAAUAGUCCAAAAUCAAUGUUUUACCUAAAUCUGUGCGUAUUUCAUAAAUCUGUAUCAAAAUCAAUCAAAGAAAAAAUUUUACCAUGAAAAUAAUGAAAUUCAAGUUGCAUCGAGUUGUUUACAUUGCAAAUUAACUUUAUUUUAAUCUAAAGCAAGGCAAUGAAAUCUUUCAGUUGAUUAUCUUGUCUGAGAUUUGUUGAUUUGUUUAUUUAUUUGUUUUAAAGAUUUAAAACGUUUUUAUAGUGAAUGUGUUUCUUUGUUUUGGACUUUGAUUCAGCUUGAUUGUUCCAAGUUUGACGCCAUUUUCAUUUAUUUAGUCUACAAUCAAGAAAAAUAAAAUUAAGAGCCUCAAACAUGCGCAUCUUUUGGUUGAUAAUGAAAAUGAUAGAUUUUUAAUAACUUUGAGCAAUUAAUCACAGCUCUACAUUAUGAUUAACAGAGGAUUGCAAACUCUAGACUUUAAUUUUAUGCAUCCAAAUUGUAACAGUAUCUCGAUUCCUACUUAAUAUAUCCUUGAAUCUAUUUUAUACAUCUAAAAAUGUCAUUUGAACGAAAUAAAAUCUAAUUUCUAUCCAAACAAUAUCAAUAGAUGGCGUUUUGUAUAAACAUGUAACAAAAAGACACUUAAAUUCUUGAAUUCCAACCAUCAUAUGUUCAUGUCAAGUUACAAGACAUCUGUGAUUGAAAGAAAGUAAUAUUUACUCACUUUUUUGUUAUCGUUUUGCCAACGAAUUGUUAUUAUUUUUUUGAUUAUUUCAUUAUGAAUGAAUUGGCUGCUCAAAAGGAUGAAAUUCUUGCUAUAAAAAGUAUUUUUGAGAGCGAUGACCUUAUGCUAGAUGAGGAUUGUCGUCGAGGUGUUUUCUUGGCCAGCCCAGUUAUCCCAAAUCCACCUUUAACUAUUACCUACUCUGGAUCAUAUAAAAAACAAACCGGCGAUUGCUUAGGCCCAGCUAGAAAGUUCAUCAAUGAUAAAUGUAUUGGAACUCUUCAAGUCAACUAUUUACCUCCACUUGAAUUUAGAUUUGAACUUCCUGACAAAUAUCCAUCUACGUGCCCACCUCGAUUCCUAAUUUCAUGUGAUUGGCUUGGUCCUGCUGAUGUUUCCAAAAUUUGUGAACAUCUGGAUCAUUUGUGGCUGGAAACAAAGGGUGAAAUUUUAUAUCUGUGGUUUGACUUUCUUCUUCAUGAUCUCAUUUCUUUUCUCGAAAUUCAAUCAAACUUGGAUAUCACCGAAUUACAACGUUCCUCUGAACCAUGUUCACCUUCACGUUCAAAGCACCUGUCCAAUGCUAAUGGGUGCAAAUUUUACGAUAAAAGAGCCACAACAAUUUACCUCGGAGACCAAUUGCUGGAUAGAAUCAAACAAUACGAUGUAGCAAGGAAAAAAGAAAGCUUUUCAAACUCUAAAAUUGACUGUGAAAUUUGUUUUAUGUCAUUCUUUGGUUCUGAAACCGUUUCAUUGGGCUGUGAUCAUUAUUUUUGUGAAUCCUGUAUAAAAACGUAUCUUGAAACAUGCAUAGCUGACGGUCAAGUUUACUCGUUAGUGUGUCCAGCUGAUGAUUGUGAUGCCUCUGCACAACCUGAGCUUGUUAAAGCUCUAGUUAAACCCGAUUUAUAUCGUAAAUAUGAUUCAAUACUCUUGAGCUCAGCAAUUGGCAAAUUUGACGGAGUUAUUUAUUGUCCCAGAAAAUUUUGCUUAAAACCUAUCAUUACUGAACAACAAAAUCCAGACACAAAUAAACUGAUUCUUUGUCCAUAUUGUGAUUUUGCCUUUUGCUCAUCAUGCAAAUCAUCUUACCAUGGAGUUUCCCCGUGUAAGGAUUUUGCAGACGAAAAGGAAAAAGAGUUUGUCCUUCGUGAAUAUGAAACAGGAUCUGCUGAGCAAAAAAGAAGCUUAGAAAAGCUUUAUGGCAAACAAUUUUUGACUCAACAAUUAACUGAGUUUAUGAGUCGAUUGUGGUUAAAAGAAAAAAGCAAACAAUGUCCAAAUUGUUUCUUUUCUAUCGAAAAGAUUGAUGGAUGCAACAAGAUUCAUUGUUUUAGAUGCAAUGCUAACUUUUGCUGGUUAUGUUUAAGUAAAUUGCGAAGCGAUUUUCCAUAUUUACAUUUUCGAGACACAAAGUCUCCUUGUUAUGCCAAACUUUUUGAAGGAGUUAUCCAAGAUGAGAUUGAGGAUGGAGACGAUGAGGAGUGGGAAGAAAUGGAUGAAUUAUUUAUCCAAAACCUAGUACAAUAGCAUCAAUCUUCAAUUUAAUUCAUAACUUGACACAAUCGAUUGAACGUUUGCUGAUUUAACCGGUGAAAUAUUUAUGAUCAAUUUACAAGAAGGAAAAAAUCAUUGAAUUUUAAUAUAAACCUUUUGAAAUCAACUUGCUUUUUUAAAUUCGUUUAAACAUUCAACAAUAAAUUUGAUUUACAAAUA